CCCAACCGAAGCAAGACACUUUGUUCCAGCAUAGCGCCGGAGUUGAAUUUCCUUGGUGAUGAUUCGAUGUGACGACGUUUUUAAAGACAGACCACUUGCCUACAAUUGCUGGCAAUUCCCCAUUUUCCUUUAUUCUUUUUUACUCGUACUCUUUUGACCCGGGAAACUAGUCAUUAUGCGUUUCUACAUUCUAACUCUUCUCGUUGCUUUAUUUUCAGCUGUCGCAAUGGCAGCAGAAUCUGGAUACACCGACUACAUUUUGGCUUUACGUGAGCCUGUCGAUCAGAAAAAGGUCGAUAAAGCGAAAUCAGACAUUGAAGCUGAAGGAGGAAAAGUUACCUACGAGAUCAAGACAGGCAUGAAGGGACUCAUUGUCAGCCUGCCCAAUGAUCGUGUUAAAGCCAUGGCUGAUAAAGACUAUGUCGACUUUAUGGAACAAGACAAGUCAGUUCACAUCAAUUAAAUCCUUCCCAUUCAAUACAUUCCUACUCUUUUUUUUUUCCCUUCCAACAGCGAACACUUUUUUUUUAAAAAAAAAUAGCACUUCUUUGUAUCUCUUGCAUGACCAAAAAAAAUAUCACGAAUCCGCCAACCUUGUUCACUGAAGUAAUCAUUGUUCCAGUUUUUGAU